CUGUCGGACUCACGAGCCGCCGCGGACUGAGUCUGCUAAGUGGAAAAGCGCCGUGGUCGGACGACGUGGUGUCUAGACACUAAUGACGGUGACAACUCAAGACGACGGGUGGCGGCGUUAGACGAGAAAGCAAGGCCUUUAAGCCGGGACUCCAGGUGGAAGUGGGACGGAUGGGGCAGGAAACGGAGACAGAAAUAGGAAACUACAACUCCCAGGAGGCCUAGGGGCCGAGUCCCGGCUUCUUCGGCCGUGAGUCUGAUGGGGCAGGUAGUUUUGCGUUCUGCUUAACGUCUAGGUUUGCGAGAGAGAUGGAACUGGAGCAGAGAGAGGGGACCAUGGCAGCCGUGGGCUUUGAGGAGUUCUCAGCUCCACCAGGCUCCGAGUUGGCCCUGCCUCCGCUGUUUGGUGGCCACAUCCUGGAGAGCGAGCUGGAGACAGAAGUAGAAUUUGUGUCCGGUGGUUUGGGCGGCACUGAGCUCCCGGAGCGCGACGAAGAGGAAGAGGCAGCCCGGGGUCGGCGGCGGCGCCAGCGGGAACUAAAUCGCAGAAAGUACCAGGCACUAAGUCGGCGCUGCCGGGAGAUAGAGCAGGUGAAUGAGCGGGUCUUGAACAGGCUCCAUCAGGUGCAAAGGAUAACUCGAAGACUUCAGCAGGAACGGAGGUUCCUUAUGAGGGUGCUAGACUCCUACGGGGAUGACUACCGGGCCAGCCAGUUCACCAUCAUGUUGGAGGAUGAGGGCAGUCAGGGCACAGACACCCCCACCCCAGGCAAUGCUGAAAAUGAGCCUCCAGAGAAAGAGGGGAUGUCCCCACCCAGAAGGACUCCCGCACCCCCAGAACCCAGCAGCCCAGCCCCUGGGGAGGGCCCCAGCGGGCGUAAGAGGCGGCGAGCACCCCGGGAUGGACGCCGCACAGGAGCUGUGCUGACUCCAGAACUGGCCCCAGUGCAGAUUAAAGUCGAGGAAGACUUUGACUUUGAAGCAGACGAGACCCUGGAUUCAAGUUGGGUUUCUCGAGGGCCAGACAAACUGCUGCCGUACCCCACCCUAGCCAGCCCACCCUUUGACUGACCUCACCCACCCCCAAUAAACUGACCCUCACACUCA